AUGGUCACCCAAUUAUUCCUACUAUCCCUUUCAGUAUUCUCCUUGCUGUUUUCUUGCUCAUCUCUCUUCUCGUCACCUUUCUUAUUAUACUCCCAAAAUCUUCAUUACAAUUUUAUUUCUCCAAACACACUCCAGAUUUUGAGCCUUAUUGCCACCAGCAAAAACUGCGUUUUCCUCAUUUGCAAUACGCUCUUUUUCCUCGUGGCCAAAACGUCAGCCUCUGCUGUCAUCACUUGUUCUCCUCACGAGGGAGAUGAUGACGUCAUCAGAAUAGAGCCCGAGCUUUUGCCCGUUUUGGACAAAGACAUGAUAGUGUACGAAAGUCGGGCAAAAGAAAUCGAAACUAAUAUUGAAGAGGAGAAUUAUAUUAUUGAAGAAAAUGAUGGGGGGAAAGAACUCGCUUGCCCGACCCAAGUUUCGAUUUUUAUUGCAGAUAGUGAUGAAGAAGAAGAAGAAGAAGAAGAAGCUAAAAGAGAAGACUUAAUCGAAAAUGACGAAAGUGGGUUCACUGAGAGAUGCUGUCUUUUUUACAAUGAUGACAAUGAAGAUCAAGAAGAUGAUGAUGAUGAUGAUGAUGUUUUGAGUGCAGAAGAAUUGAAUCAGAAGUUCGAGGAUUUCAUAAGGAGGAUGAAGAAGGAGAUUAGGCUUAGUGAGGCUGAAAAUCAUCAACUGGGCGAGCCGCAAGACGGCAGAUUAGAUGUCGCAAAUCAUUCUUUCUCUUCUGUUUCGUUCUUGUCAUGGUAUCAGAGACAAUAUUUUUUUCGUUAG